UUACUUAUGUACUUUACACCACUUUUGACCUAACAAGAGAAACUGCUGAAGCACAAUUACAUUUUGAAAUGGUCCCUCGUGUAUUAUUCUAUUCUAGCAGUACUUUGAGACCUGGACUGAUUUGAUCCGGGGGGCUUUAAAACGCGCCGUGCAGUUACCCAUCCCUGAGCUAGAUGAUGUACACGAUGUAUUUUGCGCAUAGGUUUUACCCCGCCCGCAUCCAAUGUAACAUCCCUCCAGAAAUGGGUGUGGCACACAUUUCAUUCGUGACCGCCCCCUAUGUUCCGCGGUUCCUCGGUUCAGCAGUAGCCUACCGAAAAACAACGUGGUUAAAUAGAGGCUGCGUUGCCCAUGCUUUCACCAGACCCUUGUUUCAGACAACGGGAGUUGGUCGGAACUAGGAAACACGGACAUUUCUGACAUGCUAAAUGUUUGUAGUUAUACACGUGCCGCGUUCAACGAAUCAGCAUUUCUGAGUUCUCUGAGUUUCCUAGUUCCGACUGGAUGUGAACGCCGCACAAAUCCUAUACCCGGGCGGUUCAUUCCGCGCAUCACUCACUCGUAGUCGACUAUUGUAUGUAGGCUGGCUACUAGUCUACUGUUUAUGUUUCGGAGCCAAAGCAAGCGCAGGCUAAAGUAGGCUAUCCACUUACCGCUGUCAGAGUUUAUUUUACGUCUGCUACGCUGGGUUAGGCUACUGUCAGAGACACACCUAAAGCAUGGAUGCUCUGAAAUCAGCUGGAAGAGCGAUUAUCAAGAGUCCCGGAGUUCCGCGGCACACAUGGGGCACCUCCAAGCACGACAAGCUGCCAGAGAACUGGACAGACACCAAGGAGACCCUAUUGGAAGGGAUGGUUUUCCAGGUCAAGUACCUGGGGAUGACUCUGGUGGGACAGCCUAAAGGAGAGGACAUGGCCGCUGCAGCAAUACACAGGAUAGUCUCUACGGCCCGGGCAAGUGCUAAGAAGUUCCGUAAGGUGACCUUGACCAUCUCUCCUAAGGGAAUCAUCAUCACAGACACAGAGACACAGGACCUCAUAGAGAAUGUGUCCAUAUAUAGAAUCUCCUACUGUACUGCAGAUAAAACCCAGGACAAAGUGUUUGCCUACGUCUCCCAGAUUCAGUUGGACGAGACCCUCGAGUGCCACGCCUUCCUCUGUCACAAGAAGAAGAUCGCCCAAGCUGUGACUCUCACCGUAGCCCAGGCCUUCACAGUAGCUCUGGACCUGUGGGAGAUUGCUCAGGAAGAUAAAAGUCAGAAGGCCAGGAGGACAUGCUGCGCGUGUUCUGUCAGUGAUGGACAGACAGAGGCUAUAAACACACACAGCGUCUCAGACUCAGAGAAGCAGCAGCCCUUGAGGAAGGAGGAGAAACAGAGACGGCCAUUUUUUUCCAUGUCAUUCAGCUCUCCUUCACCCAGCAACAAAACCGCCAGGAAACGACCAAUCAAACACGGCUCCUGGGAUGUGGAGGAUGGCCUCGAAGAUGCAUUCUCAAGCAGUAUGGAGGUAGAAGAGAUGGACACUGUCUGAGGAUACAGCUCUGAGCCCCCUGCAGCAGGAGGACCACCACCACCUCCCCCUAGAGGACCUCAUGUCCCCGAGCAGUGACGACUCAGACUAACACAACAACUGCCAGACAUACUGCUGUCCCCACAAAACAACCAAGGCUGCCAGACAUACUGCUGUCCCACAAAACAACCAAGGCUGCCAGACAUACUGCUGUCCCACAAAACAACCAAGGCUGCCAGACAUACUGCUGCCCCACAAAACAACCAAGGCUGCCAGACAUACUGCUGCCCCACAAAACAACCAAGGCUGCCAGACAUACUGCUGCCCAACAAAACAACCAAGGCUGCCAGACAUACUGCUGCCCCACAAAACAACCAAGGCUGCCAGACAUAGUGCUGCCCCACAAAACAACCAAGGCUGCCAGACAUUUUUAUUUAACUAGGCAAGUCAGUUAAAAACAAAUUCUUAUUUUCAAUGACGGCCUAGGAACAGUGGGUUAACUGCCUUGUUCAGGGGCAGAAUGACAGAUUUGUACCUUGGAGAUUUGAUCUUGCAACCUUUCAGUUAAAGUCCAACGCUCUAACCACUAGGCUACACUGCCGCUGUCAGACAUAUUGCUGUCCCCACGAACCACCAGCUCUGGACAGAUAAAACAUACUGCUGCCCCCACAAACCAUCAGCUCUGGACAAGUCAAACAUACUGCUGCCUCCACAAACCAUCAGCUCUGGACAGGUCAAACAUACUGCUGCCCCCACAAACCACCAGCUCUGGACAGGUCAAACAUACUGCUGCCCCAAAACCCACCAGCUCUGGACAGGUCAAACAUACUGCUGCCCCAAAACCCACCAGCUUUGGACAGGUCAAACAUACUGCUGCCCCAAACCACCAGCUCCGGACAGGUCAAACAGCCCUCUAUGUCUGCCUGUAGAUCAUUCUUAUUCCAGUGUACUAGAACUAAUCAUCACUCAACAUGGACAAACAGCAAUCAUCUCUCUACCUAAGUCUCUGAUCUCUCAGUCUGCGUGUGAAGUGACACCCUAUUCGUUAGAGUUUCCAAACCCGUAACUAGCCUACGGAUAUUGUUGAACUCUCGUUGUCUAGGGCUCCUAGGCCUAGUUACAUGGUCUGUAUCCUGAAUGAACCGUGUUGGAUGCACAUGUGCCCAAGGAAACGGCUCAGGACCUCUUGGUCGGGCCAGUCCAAGCGGAUUACUAGUUGUUCAGAUGGUGACGAAAAUAAACAUAAAAAAAAACGUGGCCACCAAACCAACCAGCAGCCUCACGACUUUCCAGCUGGGACACUGACUGACCAUCAUCCUAAUUAGCAACACCUGAUGUGUUCAUCAACCAGGCUCAACACUCAUCAACCAGGCUGCUUCAAGAAUGCUGCUGCCCCCUGGGGGUUGGAGUGUGGAAGUGUAUACUGGAUAGUGUGUUUUAUGUCCCAACACUGACCCCCCAUAACGUAACACUAUAUAGUACACUACUGUUGAUCAGGACCCACAUAGGUCUCUUGUCGAAAGUAGUGCACUACAGUGCCUUGCAAAAGGUUUCAUCCCCAUUGGUGUUUUUCCUAUUUUUUUGCUUCACAACCUGUAAUUUAAAUAGAUUUUUAUUUGGAUUCCAUGUCAUGGACAAACA